CAAGGGUGCACUGAAUAAAAACAACUAAACUUUUUAUCGAAACAAAUUUCAUUUUUGAGAUUGGCAUCGUUUCCUCGCUAAUUAAUUUUGUCCCCGUACCGGUUUAUUGUGUAAAUUUUGGUUUGAAGCUUCUAUUUUAAAAGAAUCAUGAGUGCCCCUCGUACAAAACUUUUUGUUGGUCAUUUACCUGAUGGGUGUACUAAUGAAGAAUUGCAGACUCUGUUUGAAAAAUAUGGAGCAGUAAAAGAGUGUGAUGUUAUUAACAAAUAUGGAUUUGUGCAUAUGAGCACAUCCGAAGAAGCUGAAGAUGCAAUUAAAGCACUUAACAACUACCACUUUAGGGGAUCAUCUCUCAGUGUUGAGAGAUCCAAAAGUAAGUUGCACCCUGAACCUGGUGCCCCGGGCCGUGCCAAAGGAGGAGUGAACAGGAAUAGAGAUGGUUACGGGGGCGGCCGAUCUCGUGGUGGUGGUGGAUAUUCUAAUGGUUAUGGACGUUAUGAUGGCCCACCUCCUUUUGGUGGUAGGGGAGAUUUUUACAACGAUAGAGGAUAUGGUGGCGGAAUGAGCCCUCGGAUGAGGCCCUAUCCUUCUCCAUAUGAUAGAUCCCCUAUGCCUCCUCCUCGAGAUGACUAUUAUUCCAGAUCUUCACCUUAUUCUAUGGCCUCUCGAGAUCCCUAUGCAAGGCCAGUUGCUGCAUCACGAGAUCUUUAUGAUAGACGAGCCACUGCAUAUCCAUCUACUAGUGAUUAUUUGUACUCUCGCAGAUCUCCUCCUCCUAUGUCAGCUGCUAGCAGAUCCUCUUAUUGGUCCAAUGAUUAUUAUGGAGAUGCAUCAGCCAAAAGCUAUUAUGGUGAAUAUGCUCUAUAAAAAGAUUGUCUACUUCAUGAAAAUAGGGAUUCUCGUGUUCCAGUGGAAGGAGCAUCACGAAGACCAUAUUUUUGAAGUUAAAAUGCUGUUAAUGCACUUUUUUUUACCAUUACUUUUGUAUUUAACAGUAGGCACAUAAGCAUCAAAACAUUUUCCAUAAUUUUUAAAACAUCAUUAUAAAUUUAUCAGUUCCCCUUCAGUUUUAAUUUGAAUGAGGUCUAAAGCUGCUCGACUUUGUAUUUUUGUUUCUGAAAAAAUGUAUUUUUAUAAGAUGGUGACACGUCAAAUCUAUGCAAUGUAUUCAAAUUGGUUAGACAGUGUACUAGUAUUAGUAUGUAAAAUUCCGAGGUCAGAAAAAUUUAAUUUAACCACUUUUAAGAAAUGACUUUUGUAUAAUGGUCUUUUUAUUGUUAAAUUUUGAUAUUUGCUUGUUAAUUUGGCAUCUCAUUAUAUCACAAUUGUUAACUAUUAUGUUUCUCAAACUGUAAGCAUUGCAUAUAUCUAUCAUUCAUUAAAACAAUAUCAUCCA